AUGGCGAGCAGCACCUACGGGCGCCUGUGGCGGGAGACCCGCGUGACGCUGGAGGACCUGCUCUCGGCGGAGCUCCCCCCGGAGCCUCCCCGCCCGGAGCGGAACCGCGCGUCCUUCGGCCACGGGCUGGGGGUGCUGUUCGCGCGCUACGUGGGGGCGGCGCGGCGCCUGGAGGCCUGCUACGACCAGGGCGUCCACCCGCAAAAGCGCCCCGUCCUCCGGAUGCUCCUCGACGCCGUCCUCGGACGCGUCCUCGAGCUCAAGCACCAGAUGGUCGAGCUCGACCUCUCCGAGACCCACUGCCUCGACCACGCGCUCCACGAGCUCAAGCUCACCCCGGCCGACCUGGAGGUCCCCAUCCCGCGGUACUUCCUCAGCGAGCGCGCCAAGGUGCUGCUGGAGCGGCAAGAGGUCCUCGCGGGGCUCCUGACACGCGUGGGACCCGGAAAGGCCCUCACCGUGAGACCCCCCCCCCGCCCCGGGCUCCCCCGCGAGGAGGCGGUGCGCCUGAUCCAGAUGGCGGAGCGCAUGCGCCAGGGCCGGCUGAGGGCGCGCUUCAUGGCCGAGAUCCGCCGCGACGAGGAGCGCGAGAGGAGGGCGCGCGAGGCCGGGCUGGCCGAACCGGACAGGAACACCGCCGCCACCGUCAUCCAGAAGAUCUGGAAGGGCUGCAUCCUGCGGAGGAUGACGGCGGCGGCGCGGCAGAUGGAGAUGGCCUUCAUCGGGAUGGAGCCGGAGCCGCAGCUGAUGAGCGCCACGCCGGCCAUGAUCCGGGCGCAGCUGGGUGAGGAGCUGCGGCGCAUGCGCCAGGCCGACUACGAGGCCGAGUACCAGGAGGCCCUCGACCACGUCCGCGAUGCCAUCUAUGAGGCUGAGGGGCCCAGCAUGCGUGAGGCCCUCAAGGAGCAGCUCCGACAGUGGUUCAUCGAGUGCCAUGACCUGACGGGGCGCUUCCCAGAUUACCCAGAGGAGGGUCUCGGGGGCUGCGCUGUCCUCUUCGCUGAGAAGACCCCUGAAGAGGUGAAGGCCGAUCUGGACCUGGCGGAACUCCUGGCCGAGAAGAAGAAGAAAGAGAAAGCGAAGAAGAAGGAGGAGAAAGGCAAGGACAAGAAGGAGGGCAAGGAGAAGAAGGAGAAGGAGAAGAAGGAGAAGAAGGGCAAGAAGGGAUGCUGGAGCGACCGCGACGAGGUGGAGAACUUUGAGCAGCGCUUCCAGGAGGAGCUCAUCAAAGCGGAGAAGCGGCGCGAAGUGGAGACCGAGAUUCGGCUUCAGGUGGAAAUGCUGCUCUAGGAGCUGCAGAACCUGCGCCGCGCAAUGGGCCAAGAGGAGCCCCGCCCCGCCAAGCCCCGCAAAGGGGGGAAGGGGGGAAAGCGGGGCAAGAAGGAGAAGGACCUGACCCCGGACAGGACCGUGGACUCUCUCUACGAGGAGCUGGUCCUGCAGGGCAUCAUCAAGAGGCCGCCCAAGGUGCAGCUGGCCGACUACGCAGGCGACUUCAACUACCUGGGCUCCAUCCUCCGGCAGCAGCAGAUAGAGCCGAGCCCCUCCGCGCUGGACAUCCGGCAGAACGUGGCCCUCUACGCUAUCCUGCGCCUGGGCUCGGCGGCGGUGCAUGAGUGUGCGCCGCUGGUGCGGUCGCUGCUGCUGGCGGGCCCCCCCGGGACCGGGAAGCGGAUGCUGGUCCACGCCGCGUGCACCGAGGCCGGAGCCAACCUCUUCGACCUCUCGGCCGUCAACCUGGCCGGGAAGUACCCGGGGAAGGCCGGGCUGCAGAUGCUCAUGCACCUCGUGCUCAAGGUGGGGCGCCUCUUGCAGCCCUCCAUCAUCUGGGUGGGCGACGCCGAGAAGACCUUCUACAAGAAGGUGCCCCGAGAUGAGAAGGAGCUGGACCCCCGCCGCCUGAGGAAGGACCUCCCCCGCGCGCUGCGCCUGCUCAAGCCCGGGGACCGCGUGAUGCUGGUGGGCACCUCCUCCCGCCCUUACCUGGCCGACCUCAAGGGCCUCUGCCGCACCUACGAGCGCGUCCUCCUCGUGCCACGCCCCGACUACGCCUCCAGAUUCGUGACGUGGCGGCGCCUGAUCGAGCGCCAGGGCGGGGCGGUGUCUGCCCGGCUGGACAUGAGCGCGCUGGCCAAGGUGUCGGAGGGCUACAGCCAGGGCGCGAUGGCGGCGGCGGUGUCGGCCGUGCUGAGCGAGCGGAGGCUGCUCCAGCUGCCCAAGAGGCCCCUCCUGGCCGCAGAGCUGCUCCAGGCCCUCGCCCGCGCUGACCCCGUCUUCCCCGAGGAGGAGCGCCUCCUCCAGGACUGGUACAGCAAGACCCCCCUGGGGAAGAAGAAGAAGCGCGAGGAGGAAGAGCGGCUCCGCCUGGCCGAGAUGAAGGGCAAGAAGAACAAGAACAAGGACAAGGGCAAGGGCAAGAAGAAGUAGCAGUCCAGCAGCAGCAGCAGCAGCAGAGGGUGGUCAACCCAUUAGCUUGCAUGCAUAUGCAAAUCAGGUGCAAUAAACAAAUGGGAGCUUC